UACCUCUCACAUAUGAUCAGCUGACUGCGCGUGAGAUGCUGCCUGGCAAGACCGAAGUGACAAAAAAUUGAUUGGCAGUUAUGAUUUUUAAACUGUAGGUUGUCACUAAUACGCGCAUAUCGUCCCGUAUCGAAGCUCAGCGUUUCGUUUUAACACAGUGCCCCCUCUCCGCUCGCUCCUGCCCUUGCCCGCUAACCGCCCGCAGCCAUGACUGAGUUUUGGUUGAUCUCUGCACCGGGGGAGAAGACCUGCCAGCAGACCUGGGACAAGAUGAUGGUCGCCACCACCCGCAGCAACAACAACCUCUCCACCAACCACAAGUUCAACAUCCCUGACCUCAAGGUGGGAACGUUAGAUGUCCUGGUGGGCCUGUCUGAUGAGCUGGCCAAACUGGACUCCUUUGUGGAGAGCGUGGUGAAGAAGGUGGCCCAGUACAUGGCGGACGUGUUGGAGGACACCCGGGACAAAGUGCAGGAGAACCUGCUGGCCAAUGGAGUGGAUCUGGUCACCUACAUCACAAGGUUCCAGUGGGACAUGGCGAAGUAUCCAAUCAAGCAGUCUCUGAAGAACAUCUCUGAAAUAAUAUCCAAGCAAGUGACGCAGAUCGACAAUGACCUGAAAGCCCGGGCGUCGGCCUACAACAACCUGAAGGGCAACCUCCAGAACCUGGAGCGGAAGAAUGCGGGGAGCUUAUUGACCAGGAGCCUGGCUGAUAUUGUGAAGAAAGAAGAUUUUGUACUUGACUCAGAGUACCUAGUUACCAUGCUGGUGGUUGUACCAAAGGUGAAUUACGCAGACUGGCAGAAGACUUACGAAACUCUUGCAGAAAUGGUGGUGCCUCGCUCCACUAACCUGCUGUUCGAGGACCAGGACAGUGGCCUCUUCAGCGUCACCCUCUUCAGGAAGGCCAUCGAUGACUUCAAGCACAAGGCCAGAGAAAACAAGUUUACGGUGCGGGACUUUCAGUACAACGAGGAAGAGAUGAAAGCCGACAAAGAGGAAAUGACACGGCUCUCCACCGACAAGAAGAAGCAGUUUGGGCCGCUGGUGCGAUGGCUCAAGGUGAACUUCAGCGAGGCCUUCAUCGCCUGGAUCCACAUCAAAGCGCUGCGGGUGUUUGUGGAGUCGGUCUUGAGGUACGGGCUGCCCGUCAACUUCCAGGCCAUGCUGCUGCAACCCAACAAGAAGAACAUGAAGAAGCUGAGAGAGGUUCUGUACGACCUGUACAAGCACCUGGACAGCAGCGCCGCCGCCAUCAUCGACGCAUCCAUGGACAUCCCAGGCCUGAAUCUGAGCCAGCAGGAGUACUACCCCUACGUCUACUACAAGAUCGACUGCAACCUGCUGGAUUUCAAAUAGAUCCCGACACACACACACACCCCCCAGAGUCUGUCAUGGCUGUUUUGUUUCAUUGUUGAACGCAAAUCAACCCAUUUAUUUCUAGUCUCUCCUUCCCUUUCCCUCGAAGUGUGGCUGACACCCCUCUCCCCUCUUACUUGCAUGCCCAUUCCUUGUGGUGAAGACUCAUCCUUCUUCCAUUUGAACAAAAGGAGAGGGGGGACGGAGGGGACAUCUGUGUUUUAGCUAUUAUUUUGAUAUAUAUAAAACACACAACAGUUUACAGGGUGUUUUUUUUUUUCUUAUGACAACAUAAUCAAAUUCUAUAAAUAUGCGGUCAGAGAAUUGAAAGCUUUAUUUAUGCUCUCGUUUUAUUUAAAAGAUGAAUUGUGCUUGAUCCAUUCCACGUUUGUGUAGUGCUGUGCGGUAGCUGUGUUUUAGGACGACCCCUUCAGCAGUGUCCUUUAUUCAAGGGGAACCCCCGGGGUCUUUUAUUUUCUCCUCCAAGCACAUUUGUUACAUCCUAUCAGUAGUGGUGACCUAAAACCGCAAAUGGUGUUACAGAAGAGCAAUAUGUGUGUCAUUUUCAUGUCUGUAUAUUUGGUGUUAAAAAAU